AUGCCGGGUGCGUGUCUUGGUCCUCCACAGGAGGUGCUGGGGGAGGAUAAGCUCAUGGCCAUCCUGAAGGAGCGAGAGCUGAAGAUCUACUGGGGCACCGCCACCACGGGCAAGCCGCACGUGGCCUACUUCGUGCCCAUGUCCAAGAUUGCAGAUUUCCUGAAGGCAGGGUGCGAGGUGACGAUACUCUUUGCUGACCUCCAUGCUUACCUGGACAACAUGAAGGCUCCCUGGGAGCUGCUGGAGUUGCGCACCCGUUAUUACGAGAACGUGAUCAAAGCCAUGCUGGAGAGCAUCGGGGUGCCCCUGGAAAAGUUGAAGUUCGUCCGGGGCACUGACUACCAGCUCAGCAAGGAGUACACGCUGGACGUGUACCGCCUCUCGUCCGGGGCGCUGGAUGAGGAGUACCUCAAGGUCGACGCGCAGUUCGGAGGGGUUGAUCAGAGGAAGAUAUUCACCUUCGCAGAGAAGUACCUUCCUUCCCUGGGCUACGCCAAGCGCGUCCAUUUGAUGAACCCGAUGGUUCCUGGUCUGACAGGCAGCAAAAUGACUGAUUCCCUGCAGGACUCAAAGAUUGACCUUCUGGACCGCAAGGAGGACGUGAAGAAGAAGUUGAAGAAGGCUUUCUGUGAGCCAGGGAACGUGGAGAACAACGGUGUCCUCUCCUUCAUCAAGCACGUUCUCUUUCCCCUCAAGUCAGAGUUUGUGAUUCUGCGAGAAGAAAAGUGGGGAGGAAACAAAACCUACACAGCCUACGAGGCCCUGGAGAAGGACUUCGCUGAGCAGCCUGCAGAGAAGAGCACCAAGAACUCGGAGCCAGAGAACGUGGUCCCAUCCCGGCUGGACAUCCGUGUGGGCAAAGUGAUCAGUGUGGAAAAGCACCCGGACGCCGACAGCCUGUACGUGGAGAAGAUCGACGUGGGCGAGCCCGAGCCCCGCACCGUGGUCAGCGGCCUGGUGCAGUUCGUCCCCAAGGAGCAGCUGCAGGACAGGCUGGUGGUGCUGCUCUGCAACCUCAAGCCCCAGAAGAUGAGGGGUGUGGAGUCGCAGGGCAUGGUGCUGUGUGCCUCCAG